UUCGCGGUAUUUUAAAUUUUUGGUUCUGUUUAAGUGAUGGAGGACUUUGAAAAAAUUGAAAAAAUAGGUGAGGGUACCUAUGGAGUAGUUUACAAAGGCCGGAACCGACUAACCGGUCAAAUAGUAGCAAUGAAAAAAAUACGACUAGAGUCUGAUGACGAAGGAGUACCAUCAACUGCCAUAAGAGAAAUUUCGCUACUAAAAGAAUUAAAGCACCCAAAUAUUGUGUGUUUGGAAGAUGUUUUAAUGGAAGAAAAUCGUAUUUAUUUGAUUUUUGAAUUUCUUUCAAUGGACCUUAAAAAGUAUAUGGACUCAUUGCCUUCAGAGAAACAAAUGGAUAGUAAAUUGGUGCGCAGCUACUUAUAUCAAAUAACAAACGCUAUUUUAUUUUGCCACCGUCGUCGUGUUCUUCAUCGCGAUUUGAAGCCACAAAAUCUACUAAUUGACCGUAGUGGUAUAAUUAAAGUCGCUGAUUUCGGACUUGGCAGAUCUUUUGGCAUUCCAGUACGCAUAUAUACACAUGAAAUAGUAACAUUGUGGUACAGAGCUCCAGAAGUGUUAUUGGGUUCUCCCCGAUACUCUUGCCCCGUCGAUGUUUGGUCAAUUGGUUGCAUUUUUGCGGAAAUGGCUACACGAAAACCACUUUUUCAAGGAGACUCUGAAAUUGAUCAGUUAUUCCGAAUGUUCAGAAUUUUAAAAACUCCCACAGAAGACAUUUGGCCAGGUGUAACAUCACUGCCGGAUUAUAAGAACACAUUUCCGUGUUGGUCAACAAAUCAAUUAACCAAUCAACUUAAAAACCUUGAUGAUGACGGCGUAGACUUAAUUCAACGCAUGCUCAUAUAUGAUCCAGUGCAUCGUAUUUCGGCCAAAGAAAUUUUAGAGCAUCCGUACUUUAACGGCUUUCAAGCAGAACUUGUGACAUCGGAGUAGUUUAUCAAGAGUAACAUUUUGUGGCACCAUUUAUCGCCACACUUUAUAAAAAAGUCAUUGUAAAAGCCAGAAAUAAAAUACGGGCUUGGUUGCCAUCAGA